GUGCAAACUUCAGAAAGAGGAAGCUGCUCAGAUGCUGCCUUUAAGAACUGUGAGGCACCCACGUAGAACAGAAGACUUCACACACUUACGAUUGUGAUUUUUAGGUCUAAGGAGGACGAAUGCAGGGGAACCACAGGAAAAAUGUUACCAAUAUGCAGAGCCUGGAAGAAAGAGCCAUGGGGAGCUAAGGCGUCAGUGAGCGAGCUCAAAGCUUCAAAGCUUUAUUUCCACUGAUCUUUGUCCACGGGGAUACCAAUUGCUACAUAAUUUCAAUGAUUAGACUCUGUUACAUCUUUGCCACUUCUCUUCUUUUAAAAGGCCGUGGGAAAAUGAAACAGGGCUAAGACAGGGAGGUCAAAAAAGCAAAGGCGAUUGGAAGAGGUGCAUGUACGAAGGAAGACACCAGCUGAAAGGACUCUUGGGAAAGAUAAAGUGUUACCUCUCAAAGAGACCACUGCCAUCUCCCACUGACCGGAAGAAGUUUGAUCAUGACUUUGCCAAUUCUACUUCCUUUCAUGGGAUACAUAAUAUUACCCAGAACCAGAACAAGGUUCGAAAGGUAAUCUGGCUGUCUGUGGUGCUGGGCUCUGUCUCACUGUUGGUGUGGCAAAUCUACAGUCGCUUGCUCAAUUACUUCACGUGGCCAACGACAACGUCUAUAGAAGUUCAGUAUGUGGAAAAAAUUGAGUUCCCAGCUGUGACAUUCUGUAACUUGAACAGAUUCCAAACAGAAGCAGUAUCCAGAUUUGGCAUCAUUUUCUUCUUAUGGGACAUAGUCUCCAAAGUCCUCCGCCUUCAGGAAAUGAGUGGCAACAACACUGGCUCUCCAGAGACUUUAGAUUUUGUUACAAGACACCAAAACUUCAGCAUUACACAGUUUGUCAAGAAGAACGGUUUUUAUCUCAAUCAUGACACUCUGGUGCACUGUGAGUUCUUUGGAAAAACAUGUGGUCCAAAGGAUUUCAAACACGUCUUUACUGAAUAUGGGAAUUGCUUCACUUUUAACCACGGUGAGAAUGUACAAAGCAAGAAUAAAGUGAGUGUGUCCGGAAGAGGCUUAAAGCUGCUUCUUGAUGUCCAUCAGGAGGAAUUCACUGACAAUCCAGUCCCUGGUUUUGCCGAUGUUGGAGUCAUCUUUGUUAUUCACUCACCCAAGAAGGAACCACAGUUUGAUGGCUUAGGUUUGUCUUCUCCUGUGGGGAUGCAUGCACGGGUGACCAUCCGCCAACUGAAGACAGUCCACCAGGAGUACCCAUGGGGAGAAUGCAAUCCUGAUAUAAAGUUGAGGAACUUCACCACCUACAGCACUUAUGGUUGUUUGAAGGAGUGUAAAGCCCAGCACAUACAAAGGCUGUGUGGAUGUUUGCCCUUUCUUCUUCCAGGAAAUGGUGUAGAAUGUGACCUUCUAAAAUACUACAACUGUGUGUCUCCCAUCCUUGACCACAUUGAGCGUAAGGGACUGUGUACGAUGGGAACUCACAACUCCAGCUGUCCUGUGCCGUGUGAAGAAACAGAAUACCCAGCUACUGCUUCUUAUUCUACUUUCCCGAGUCAAAGAGCAACAAAAUUUCUUGCCAAGAAAUUGAAUCAAAGUCAAGAAUAUAUCCGGGAGAAUCUUGUGAACAUUGAGAUAAACUAUAGCGACUUAAACUAUAAGAUAACGCAGCAACAAAAGGCAGUGAGUGUGCCCGAGUUACUUGGUAAGUGUGUUAACUCCUUCCUCAGCUCCCCUUGUCAGACUGUUCUGUACAGGGCUCAGGCUCUCAGUGGAGGAAGAAGAGUCAAUUGCCCGUGUCUCCUACCAGUGUUUAUUCUCCCUAGGAAACACUGGUCACUGGAACUCCAUUACACAGGAUUUUACCAAAGCAGAUGUGGAUCUCGAGUUUCACUUGCAGUUGCUUUCCCUUCGAGCUGCCCAUCAUGACAUACAUAUAUACAUAUGUAUAUAUCCACACGUGUAUAUAUCCAUAUUCAUAUACAUACACACACACACACACACACA